AUGUCAAUUACAUCGGUAUUUACUUCUUUUUCGAUUCGUUACUAUUGUCAACUUCCACAAUUAAUCAUGACAGAAGCAAAAAUAACUGUUCCAUUAUAUCUAUUACAAGAUGGGAAAACUGUUAAUAGGGAGCAUCUAGAAAACAUUCGAAAUAUUUAUAAAGAUUUGAAACAAAACGAAGAAUUCGGUAUUUUUCCUAUUGAUGAAAAAGCUUUAAAUAAUGUUUGUCAACAAUUGAAUCUCAUCAAUGACAAAGUCGGUAGUGACUAUUUGGCAUUAUGUAUCCAAGAUGAAGAUAUUUACACGCCAGAAGUGGUAUUGAAAACUCGAUAUGAUACAGAUUUGAAAAUGGCAAACAAUACCGAUACACAAAAGAGAAAUGUUGUAUCGUCGUCUCAAUCACAACAGCAAACACCACCAAUAGUCAUUAACGAAAUAUUAUGUGUAUUAAGUAAAAAGAUGGAUGCAGCAGAAAUUAAAGAGUUUAUCAAUAAUUUCUUAUUUGAACAAAUUCAAAAGCAACCGUUAACAACCAACACAGCGUCAAUGUAA